CUGAGAGAGAGAGAAGGGAGACAGAAGGUGUUGUGUUUGAGAGUGUGAGGAGGGGCAAGAGGAGUGUUCGUCCAAACGCAAGGAGAGAGCGGACCCCUAUUGAGAGAUCUACUGACACCCCUUCCUCCGGCAUGGCAAACAUCACAUCUGCCCAAUGGCACGCCAUGCUGGAUGCAGCACAUGAGAACGAGAGACCGUUCUUCCAGAAGCUUUAUGAUGAUGUCGUGCAGAGGGAAAAGGAGGCAGAGGCAGCAGGCAGAGCCGCCAACAUUGCUGAUCAGGUGGCCCUCCUUCCGAUCCCGGAAGCCAAUGCUGACCGGUUCCAGGAGGGACUAGCUGCUGCCGUAGCAGCCUUGGUUCGACUGCGGACCUUGGAAGACCUUGAGUCCCGGACAUCAGCCCAAAACGCCGAAGUCCUUACUGUCGUUCAAUACAACGGUCCCGUAGUGGCCAAGCGGGCGGCCACCUUGCCGUCCAAGUACGACGGGAAAGCGGAUAUCACCUCUUGGAUUAGUUCCAUGCGGUCAUACUUCGAGGUCAUGCGGACACCGCAAGAAGACCGAAACAUGAUCAUGGGCACUAAUACUGAGCCCGCCGUACGGAAUAACAUUGAACUACAAGCUGUUGCUGCAGGUUAUGAAAGAAUUGACCUGACUGAGUGGCUCAAGGUAACCCCUGUACGCGCCCUCGAGGACCUUCUCAUCACACGGUACCAAGAUAAGCAUGUUGCGCUCAAGGCUAGGCUGAAGCUUGAGGCCCUCAAGGGCCAAACAUGGAGGUCCUCCAUGCAGGUUUUCGAACAGCACUUGACUGGUCUAUUCACCACUCCAGAUCUGGGAAUGACCGACGUGUCUUGUAUGGAUGUAGUCAUGGGAGUGGCCCCUAAAGGAUACCUCUCCCUGUUAGCACUCAAAGACCAUACCUCCUCGCGAGAGCUCAUGACGGAUCUAGUCAACCUAGAAGUCAAGGACCWCGCCAGGCGGAAGAAGGCGCCCGCUGCAGGUGGAAAACCACAACGAACGCAAGCGGAAGUCCCAACAAACAUUCACCACCUAUUAGAUCGAUUUCCUGAAGUUUGGGCCGAAUCUCGUGGAGUUCCCAAGCGUCCGGUCAAACACAAGAUCGAGAUAAUAGAAGGGAGUGUUCCUCCAAAGGGCUGCGUCUACCGUAUGGGACAAGGCGAGUUGGAGGAAUUGAGGAGGCAGAUUGAUGACAUGAUCGAUCAAGGAUGGAUUAGGCCUAGUGGGUGCAAGGUCUUCUCCAAGAUCGACCUCAAAUCUGGCUACCACCAGAUUGAAGUUGAUCCGAGUGACCAGCACAAAACUGCAUUCAAGUCACGCGAUGGGCUGUACGAAUUCAUCGUUAUGCCCUUCGGUUUUACGAAUGCACCAGCCACAUUUCAGAGCCUCGUGGACAAGGUACUCCGCCAUCAGCUCAACAGGUUUGUGGUUGUGUACCUUGAUGAUAUUAUGAUUUUCAGCAAGUCCAUGGAAGAGCACCUCAAGCACCUUGUGGAGGUCUUGCAGGUCCUCAAGGAGGCACAACUGCACCUCAACUUAGAGAAAUUUGAGUUCGAAAGGGACAGCGUCAUCUAUCUUGGGCACCGGUUGUCUGCAAACGGCCUUGAGCCGGAGGCAACCAAGGUGGAGGUCAUCCGAAAUUGGCCUCAACCAGCGAGCGUACGCGAACUACGUUCUUUUCUUGGUUUGGCUUCGUACUACCGGAAGUUUGUGCCAAAAUUUUAUGUCCUUGCUCACCCACUCUCAAGACUGACCAGUAAGAAUGGUGCCUAUGCGUGGUGUGAGAAGUGUGAGACUUUGUUCCAAGCCUUAAAGGAGGCAUUGGUGAGUCAUCCUGUGCUCCGCAUUGCGGAUCCCAACCUCACAUUCGUAGUCACUGCGGAUGCGAGCCAGUUUGGGAUUGGUGCAGUGUUGCAACAAGAUGAUGGUGAUGGCCUGCGUCCGCUCGAAUACUACAGCAAACGCAUGCCCAGCCACAAGGUAGCUACCUCCACAUACAUGCGUGAGCUCUACGCCUUGCCCGAGGCGCUCACACAUUGGAAGCACGACCUCUUGGGUCGGCACUUCAAGGUCAUCAUGUCGAGCCGCAAGUAUGAAGCCAGCCUUGUCAAGCGCCAUUUUGAUAUCCUUGGCCCCGCGGGCAAGGAUCCUUCGAAGGGGGGAAAGUGAGGAAAUCUUGAGAAGGAAGGAUUGCGGCAGGCAAGGACAGACUCGGGUAUGGCGAGGGACGGUGCCAAUGCCCUACCUGCUGUCACCAAUUUGGUGGCUGCUUCUACGGGGGGGGGUUUGGUCGAAGGGGUGGGUGACGCUUGUGGCGAAGCAGCGGGCGUCGUUUGUGGCGAAGAGGUGGGCGGCAGCGGGCCAGGUAUCACGGUGCAGCGCACAGGUGCAUUUGCUGCACCUGCUGCACGGAUGCGACAGAUGUUGUUGGAGGAGACCGACAGCGUCGUCACAAAGGAUGAGCAGACGUCAAGAAGGGUAGACUGCUGGAUGACGUGCACGAACCAACCAUUCAACAUGGUUGAGAACGAGUUCUUCAACGACAUGGUGGACGCCAUACGAGAGGCCCACCCGUCAUGGAGACUGCACUCGAGAGAGGCGGCGCGCAAUGGCCGAUUAAAUGGACAGCACCAGAGGGCGAUCGAGGACGUUGGGAGAUUGGCGAAGAAGUGGGAUCGCACCGGCUGUAUGGUGCAAGUAGAUGGGUGGUCUGACCGGCGGGGAAGACCACACAUAAACGUCAUGGUGUCCUCUCCCAUCGACACUGUCUUUUGGAAGUCGGUGUGCGUAGCGGGAAAGGACAAAGACGCCUGUGCAUACUACAGAAUACUCUCCACUCCGAUUGAGGAGAUCGGCCCAAGAAGCGUGGUCGGGGUGAUCAUGGAUAAUGCCCGGGUUUGUCUGAAGGCCGGGAAGUUGGUGGAGAAAAAAUACCCGUGGAUAUUCCGGGUGGGUUGCAUUGCGCAUGCCCUUGACCUCGCGUUGGAGGACAUGGACAAGCGCAUUCCGUGGUUUGCGAAGACAGUGAAGAGGGGGAAUGUGUUGGGGAAGUUCGUGAUGAACCACGACAAGGUUCGAGCACUCUUCCUGACCAAAUCGGGUGGUGCCGAGAUUAAGAGGCCAGGCGUCACUCGAUUCGCGACCAACAUCAUCAUGUUGCAGUCGCUGUGGGACAGGGCAAAUGCCCUGAAAUUGACUGUGGCUGCCAGCGGAUGGGUCUCCUCCCUGGUGCCGCCCCACCUGCGUUCUCAAUUCGAGGAGGUGUCGGCGACUAUCUUGGAUGGCGGCUUUUGGGAGCGGGUGGACAAGGCCUUGAGGACCACGGAGCCCAUCGUCAAGCUACUGAAGCUCGUUGAUGGUCCGCGCGCAACAAUCGCCAAGGUUUAUCAUCGAAUGGAUGGUGUGGUGGAGUCGAUUCGCAAGCUGGACAUCUUGGCAGACUUCGAGAAGGCAGAGGUCGAGUCGAUCCUCAUGGAUCGAUGGGCGUUCAUGACUUCAGAGCUGCAUUGUGCAGCAGCCUUCUUGGACCCGGAGUACAGAUCGCAGGGCUCCUUCAAAGACACUGAGAUCCGAGCCGGGUUCAACAUAUGGUUGUAUACCUGGUGCGCAGACGAGAUGUUCGAUGAUGUGAGCUGGCAGGUUGACGAGUGGGUGCACUUGAAGGGGGCCUUGCAAUCAGAGGAAGCUUUGCGCGCAGCACACACCAAGACCCCGACGAUGUGGUGGGAUGUGUUUGCAUCGCGGCUGCAUCUUUUGCAGCCCCAAGCGAUCAGACUGUUGGGCCAGGCAAGCUCAUCCGCGGCAUGCGAACGCAACUGGAGUCUGCAUGAGCUCAUCUUUGGCAGAAGGAGGACGAGGAUUUUGCCCACCCGCCUAUCAAAGCUCGUCUACAACAAUUGGAACCUCCRCYUGCAGURGAGGCAAGAGCGCGGUCGUGGUGUGGAUGAUGUCCACAUUCCGUGGGUGGAGGAAAUGCCGGACGCCGAGUUGAAGGAGGAGGCAGAGCAGUUCUAUAAUGAUUGGGUGAAACGGGUGAAGAACAGCAUGCCGAGUGGCGAGAAUGACACGUCGGACGAGGAAGGCGAGUUGGAGGACGACGACGAUGGCGAGGAAGUGCCUAUGGCAAGGAGGUGGUUGCGCAAUGACGAGGUGGACAAUGCAAUGGACCAGGAGGAGGGCCUUGCGCACAUAGAUAAGUACACGAACGACUGGCACUUCAACAAUCGACCGGGGAGGCAGCUGGAGCGUGCCUUGCAGAGGUUGUCGGGCCAUGAGCGCCCAACACCUGAAGUGCAGUAUAACAAGGAGGACCGGGAGUUUGCGCUGCGGGCUCGAGAGACGGGUGAUUGGGUGGAGGGUCGAAAGGAAGGCGGAAGCAGCCGGCAACGUAAAGUGCGGCGCGGUGAUGAGGGUCGCCGUCACGGUAAACGUGCUGCGGAGGAGGUCAUUGAACCUCCGGAGAAACGGAAGAGAGGACGGCCGACCAACAAAGAGGCCGCAACAAGAAAAGCAACAAUGCGAGCCAAUAAGAAAAAGACAGCGUUGGAAGCAUCGAGAAAAAAAAAAUCCAAGGGAAAGAAAAAAGCAGCAGCAAAAGCAAGAAAGAGGGACGACAUCAUCAACGAUGACGGCACAGAAGCAUGUUCAUCGUCUUUCGCUUCAUCAGAGGAAGGGAAUGAUGAAGGUCAUGAUGCCAACGACGGAGAACCGCGGAGUGUAGAGGAGGGGACUGAGCACGAGGAGGAGGAAGAGGAAGGCGAGGAGGAAGAGGAAGGCGAGGAGGAAGAGGAAGAGGAAGAGGUGUUCUGUUUUGCUGGCUAUGCAGUGUUUCUGUGUUUGCAUCAGAUAACAAGGGAUAACAACUUAACAGAGACCGAACUGAAGGAGGCUGACACGACUGUGCAUAAGUUGGAGGUAAGCAGUAGAGUGCAACAAACUAUUGAUCCGGGCCAAAUGGCCCUCGAUCAAUGUGUUGCCAAGAUGCUGGCUAAGAUUGCUGGUAAUGUGCCCAAAGAAGAAGGAGAAAAGAAUAAAGCAAAGAGGGAAGAAGCAAAAUUUUCUGAAGAGAUUAUGAUGGCAAACAUCAAGCAAUCGGAAGAAACCUUGAAUGGAGAGAAAAGAAAGAUAGAAGAAUACCAGAGAGUGAAGAUAGAGAAAGAACAGCAAGAGAAAACGGGUGAAAUCAAACAGCGGUUUCACUUUGAGGGAACAGAGUCUGACCUUGCAUCUGUUUUGGAUAAUUUCAUGGCUUACCUCGCACAUCUCGAACUAAAGAUUGACAGUAACAAUGUUGCGAUUGAGACAAUGACUAAACUCGUUAAGGAGAAAGACAAGGUGGUGAUUGAGGAGGAGGCCAAGGGGGACGAGAAGAAAGAACUCGAGGAGAAGCUCAUGAAAGAUGCACUGAAGGUUAUGAAAGUGACGCCGGAAAAACCUGAAACUUCCAAGAAGGAACCUAAGAAACCAGCAGAACAGAAAGAAGAGCCUGCUAAGAAGGAACCGGCCAAGGAGGUAGAAAAGUCGAAGAGAAAAGAGAAAGUGAAGAUGAAAUUACCCUUUACCCAUAAUGGAAAGCGAGGUGAGCAUCUGUCACUCUAGAUUGCAGAAAUCUAGACAUAUUGCAGCACUACACCG